AUGUCUUCCAAGGCUUCUGUUCGUAAGAACGCUUUAACUCGUUGUAUCGAAGACGAAGGUUUUCAAUCUGUGAUUCCUUGCGAACGUUGCGUUCGCUUGAAACGAGUGUGUAUUCGCGCCGAUUGUUCUGAUCGCUGUGGUGACUGCGUGCGCGCUGGCGGUGGUGUGAAGUGUAUGAUGCCGUCUCCUUCGUUUACUGAUGCGGAGUGGCGUCGUUUGGUUAAGUCUCAAAAUCAAAUUGAGGAGGAGGAGGAGGCUAUCCUAGCUAAGCUCCUUCGGCUCCGAAAGCAGAAACGUUUGUUGCAAAAACGUGCUGGCGAUUUCAUCGCUCGAGACUUUAAGGAAGUCGCCGAGUUAGAAGAGUUGGAGCGUCGCGAGGUUGAAGAGCGCGAACGUCUUGAAAAAGAGAGGCUCGAAUAA